AUGAAAAAAGCUGCUAUAUAUGGUGACGAGGAUAAUGAUAUUCACGAGCAUGUCCCGUUGAAAAAUCAUUUGAUGAAGAUAAAGCAGAUACUUUUAAUAAAACGUUUGGUACGAGCUGUCAACGAGAAAUUUCAAGUCCAAUUAACAAAUGAAAUUUCUGAUAAUCAAUUAGAGUUUCCCAAACUUUCAUGGCGACAUUUGUUUACUCACGGUAUUGGUGGCAAACCAGUUCGUUAUCACAACUUUUUCAUGGAAGAGCGAUCAUCUUUAAGUCCUUAG